GUCGCAACACCGCCGUUCCUUAGGCAAAGUGAAAUAAAUUCGCCGCACCGACACAAAAACUAGUCCGCUUUCGGAAGACAUGUUUUGGCGGGGCCCCGGUGCCUAAAGACCCUGUCCGGUGAACUUUCUGAACGAGCGGCAACAAUAUCGAAGUCACAGCGGCGGCCGAAGGCGCUUUAUCGGACGGGGGAAGUUGUUUAUGGCGGGCCUUCGUGUAGCUCCACGGCGGAGGGAUCUGUGCUGUGCUCAGGCCGAGCUGAAUGAGAUUGAACAAGAGUUCUUGUUUUGUAGCUUCAGUUUGUGUCUAUAUACACUAAUUUGCUUAAACUACGUACAAAAUUGCACAACAAAGUGAAGGUGCUUGGGAAGGAGCGAGCGGGACUCUUUAUGGGCUCUUCUUCCAUCGUGGAUCGUCUUGUUGGAGAUAUAUAUUUAAUUAAUCUGGAGGAGGACUGCUGCUGAGGCAGGGCUGCACAGAGGGGUGGAGUCCAGUCCCACAGCCUGGUGCGGCACGUUCAUGCUUCAGUUGGAUGGUUUUCCCACUGGACACGGCGUUCAGGCUGAUCAAUCAGCUGAAAGACUGACUGCAUCCAUGAUGGAAUUACAGACAUUACAGGAGGCUCUGAAGGUGGAGAUCCAGAUCCACCAGAAACUGGUGGCCCAGAUGAAGCAGGACCCUCAGAACGCAGAUCUGAAGAAACAACUUCAUGAGCUUCAAGCAAAGAUCACUGCACUGAGUGAGAAGCAGAAAAAGGUGGUGGAGCAGUUGAGGAAGGAACUGCUGGUCAAGCAGGAGCCAGAAGCCAAAGUGCAGCUGCAGGUCCACACACCUCCAGUUGGGGGUGAUUUAAAGCCCACCAACCUGCUGCAGACCCAACAGAUUCCUGGAGGACUACAGCAGACGCUGACAGUCACGCCAGUCCUCACCGCCAAGACUCUACCUCUCGUGCUGAAAGCGGCGGCCACGGCCACCCUGCCCGGCUCUGUCUUGCCGCAGCGCCCGGCCACCGUCAUGGUAACCACCGCCAUCUCCAAACCGGACUCACACAACGCCCCCAUCAACCUGCAGGUGAUGGGCAAGCUGAGCGCUCACAGCUCGGAACCUGUGAGGCUUGUGUCCAAGAACGCCAUGCUGCUGCAGGCCGUCCAGCCAAUCAAAGUCCCCCAGUUUGUCCCUCCUCCUAGACUGAUGACACCACCCACCUUUCAGCCGCAGCAGGUCAGGCCAAAGCCCGCCUUUCCUGCCAAUGUCCCCAUUGCCCCUGCUCCGCCGCCGCCCAUGAUGGCGGCCCCCCAACUGCUCCAAAGGCCUGUCAUGUUGGCCACCAAGUUGUCGCCUUCCAUGUCGUCUGUGGCGCCCAUUCACCAGGUCCGCAUCGUUAACGGGCAGCCGUGUGUCAAAACCGGCACCACCCCUCUGACGGGCAUCGUCAUUACCACGCCGGUCACCACGACCGCCGCCUGCAUCGCCAGCCCGGCCCAGGCACCAGACCCUGCCUCGGUCCCCACCCUGGCCCCAAGCCAGCCGAGCCAGAUCAGCAGCCUGGCCUCUGAUUCCAAGACUGUUAAAUCAGGGGGCGGUGCCGAGCACAAGAUGGCAAUCCCCCUCCCCUCGUCUUCUACUCCUCCCUUGUCUCCGCCUACAAGACCCAGGAAGGAGGAGAGUCCAGAGAAACUGGCCUUCAUGGUGUCCUUGGGCCUUGUAACGUACGACCACUUGGAAGAGAUUCAAAGCAAAAGGCAAGAGAGGAAAAGGAGAACGACGGCUAACCCGGUCUACAGCGGCGCCGUGUUUGAGCCUGAGAGGAAAAAGAGUGCUGUGAGUUACCUGAACAGCCCUCUGCACCAAGGGACCCGAAAGAGAGCCAACGACGACUCCCUUUCCAAGGUAUGUCACGCAGACUGUUGUUGUUCUUCCCCCCUCUCCAUCUUUUUUUCUUUUUUUUUCUUUUCUUUGUUUUUCCGUCUUUUGUCGUCUGUCUCAUUUCACCCAGGUCGCCCACCCAAAUACGGCGGCGUCCCGGAGCUGGGCUGCCUCACCCCGACCUCCCCCUCCAGCCCCGUACACCCCCUCCCUCUGCCCAGCCCCAGCUCUGGGGAUGGAGACAUCCAUGAGGACUUCUGCACUGUGUGCAGACGCAGUGGACAGUUGCUCAUGUGCGACACGUGUUCUCGUGUCUAUCACCUGGACUGCCUGGACCCGCCCCUGAAAAGCAUUCCUAAAGGCAUGUGGAUCUGUCCAAAAUGCCAAGACCAGAUUCUCAAGAAAGAAGAAGCCAUUCCGUGGCCCGGAACGCUGGCCAUUGUUCACUCCUACAUCGCCUACAAAGAAGCAAAAGAAGAAGAGAAGCAGAAGCUCAUCAAGUGGAGCGCAGAGCUGCGACUGGAGCGCGAGCAAUUGGAGCAGCGAGUCAAGCAGCUCAGCAACUCCAUCACGAAAUGCAUGGAGACCAAGAACAGCAUCCUGGCUCGCCAGAAGGACAUGCAGCUGUCUCUGGACAAAGUCAAACAUCUGGUCCGCCUCAUCCAGGCCUUCGGCUUCAAACAGACUGUGCCCGACGGCAGCGACGUAAGAGUCCAGGAUGCUGCGGCGCCGCCGCCCGAAGCCAACGCCGAGGCCAAGGUUGAGGGCGGCGGCAAGAGUGAAAGCAGUGCGGCCGAAGAGCAGAAGACGGUGGCGGGGAGCGUGACGACCACAGGAGACGCAGACCGUCAGGGCGCUGUUGUGCGCGCCACAGAGGACAUUUCCGCUGGAGGUGCGGGGGGAGGAGCUAAGACAGAGACAGGCGUACAGGCUGAAAGUGGGGCCAAGGUGGGGACCGAAACAUCUCCACAAGCUGACGUCGGCCCUCGUUCUGAGGCGCCGACGCCCGCAGACGCCGUCACCACCAAUGGUACGGCCGCGCUGCCGUGCCCCGCUGCUGACGCCACUGCCAAUUCUGAAAACAAGACGGCCGCCGUCAGCCCUCCGGAGGCGGCAGCGCAGGACAAACAGGACAUUAGCGACAGCAACAACAGCAAAACCUCAGAACCCUCCCUGCAUUCUGUGCCAGCGCUCGGCGGCGAGUAACAUUACUCGCCGCCAUUUUCCAACUCGGAGUUCGAUUUAAGAAGAAAAAAAAAAAAAGAGUUGCCAAUCCGUGUAAAUGUCGUUUGUUUGCGUCGUAUUGUCGGACUGUGUCGAUGGUAGAUAGCGGCCUUGUCACAUGACGACCGCCGUGGUGGCCAGUUAGCGAUAGACAUCGUCAUAGGAACGCUCAAAGGGAGACCGAAUCCAUCACACCAGUGUGUGCCUGUCCCAGUGGUCCCGGGGGGGUAGGGUGGGGCCACACGUCGCUCGUCCCAAACCACCAAAUUUUUUGACGAGCUCCUACACUGAAGACUGUUGCCUAGCAACUAAAAGCAGUAGGCAACCCCCAACCCUGUCCUCUUUAACCCCAAGGUUUAAGUUCUUCAAACAAAGAAGUCACAGUCGUAGGACAAAUUCAUGUCACAGCAGGGGGCGUGUCACCAGUGCCAUCAUCAGAAUAUUAAUAUAAAUCCAACAUGGUGGAACUUCCCUACUAACCACGGUCAUAGGUCCGCCUCCAGCAACGCCUCCUUCACCCACAGUGGAUGGUAGACGCCACCAAGUGUCCUGCUGUCGAUUGACUUCUCUGUUUGAAGCAUCUUAACCACGAGGGAGGGGUAAUGCCCUUUCCCCACCGGGUCCAGACUGUAGCCCCGCCCACUAAGGCAGGCGUGGAGGAGACGGCGGAGCCAGAGCGGCGUUGUGUUGUUGUGAGUCUUCAUUUUGUGUGUCUGUGUGAGCACUAAAUGUGACGUGCUUUGUUUUUUCUAGGACAACAUAUUCAGGUCUUCCUGGUGUUGGGAAUAAGUGCUUUGUGUUCCUGUCCACCGCCGUUGUCAACUGCCAAAAGCGUCCAAACACGCCAGUGGGGCGGAGCCAAGCUUCCAUGAGUGGUAACAAAACAAAACAAAAAAAAGCACAAGUUAGCGGAGGAUUUUCUUUUGUAUGUAUGUUCUUUGAUGUGACAUGACUCCUCCCACUUUUGGGGGCAGCACAAGCCUCCAGCCCAGUAGGUGGCGCCGCUCACUUCCUGCUCCUUCAUCCAUGGUGCCUCUUUUUUUUCCCCAUUUUAUAUUAUUUUGUUUUAUGUCUUGCGGGUCCAAAACAAAGCCGCCAGCAACUGGAGGCGGAGCAUUUGUACCCGUUAAUGAGGACUGGGUGGCGUUCCGAGUUCAUUCAUAUCACAUGACUCCUGUCAGCCAAUUAGCAUAUCCAGCCUUUUGCUUGCCAUGUGGUCACCCUCCCUCGCCCUGUAGGUACCUUGAGUGCCUUCUACCUGUCUUGUUGACUUGCACUGUGACUUGUAGGCCCUGUCCCCUCCACAUUAACCCCGCCCAUCUUCCACGUCAUUGGCCAGUCAGUGUUUAGCAGCUGCCUUAAAUGUAUUUUUAUUUGACCUGAUCAUCUUGUACGCGGUCGUCAUGACAAUGACGACGCGGCCUCUGGUUUUGCGAUGCACUUUUUCAUUUAAGCAGUAUUAAAAACAACAACCCCCCGGGGGGGAUCCACUCCAGUCACCAAGUCACCUAGCAACGAGUCAUGGCAUGCCUUCUUAUGCAAAUCUUAUACACAAGUUCGUUAUGCAUUGUUUUUAUUUUUUUUACUUCUAAUCAUCACUUUUGGUUUUAAGUGGGCGGAGCCAGCGUGUUUGAAUGCGGAUGAGCUGACAUCUUAGUGGGCGGAGUUUAAAAAAAGGGUACAUUUUAUCCAAAGAACAUGUGGGAGGAUCAUUGGAGGGAAUUCCUGUGAAUCUGUUCAGAAGCAUCCAGUCAUGAUCGUGGCCUUCUAGUGUUGUCCUUACUUACAUCAAGUUGUGCCCCCCCCAAUUCCCAUCCCCAUCCCCAUUUUAUAUCUUCCAUGUGCUCAGACGCAUUGUAGCGCUCCGGAUAAAGAACAACGUGUACAUUGGGGAAUCUUUGUAUAAUUGUUUGUAUUUUUUCAUAAUGAUUUUUGGAAAGGAAUGUGUUUAUUUUUUGGACUUGUUUUCCACGCGUGUCUUCUGUUCGGCCAUGUCGGUGGGAUUCCUAUACCUCUGUAUUGAGCCUCCCCUUCCUCUUAUUCUUCUUCUCGUGAUGAUGACGAUGAUGCAGUGUUUCACUAAAUACUGUUGCUAGGUAAUGGAUGGCACCAGCCGCCACUAGGAGCAUUUGAUCAAUUUCUAUUUAUUUAUUUUAUCAGUUUGCUAAUAAAUCCUCAAAAGCAUCA